GAAAGCAAACCAACUGAGUGAGUCCUGCACCAAGCUCCAGCUCUGUGUGAUCAAUGACUUUUUAACCAUGCUUGCUGUGAUUUAGGAAUGUCCCACAAAGUGAACUACUCUCCUCUCUUUCGUGCACACACACCACCACCACCUCAGCUAUGCCAUAAAGUGUGUGACGUAGCCUGUAGCUCCAGUAUGAAAGGGCAAACUCUGCUCAGUCAGGCACACGGAGCAGUGUCUUGUGGGUCAGAUCCACCUGAUGACAGCGUCCCGGCUCUGAGAGCUCACCUGUGGACGGACGGUGCAGAGGAAACCUCGGGGAUGGAGAGGCUGCUGAGGAAGUGUCGGAUCAGAAACCAGCUGGUCAGGGAGUGCAUGGCUGAAUGCCUUGGAGUCUACGUCCUGAUUCUGUUUGGAUGUGGCUCCGUUGCCCAGGUGACGACAUCUCAAGAUAAGAAGGGGCAGUACCUGUCAAUCAAUCUGGGUUUUGCUCUGGGAGUAACAUUUGGGGUCUUUGUGUCUCGUGGAGUCUCAGGUGCCCAUCUGAAUCCUGCUGUGUCCCUGAGCUUGUGCGUUUUGGGCAGACAUCCAUGGCUGAAGCUGCCUUUCUACAUUUUCUUCCAGGUGCUUGGAGCCUUUCUGGCUGCAGCCACUGUUGGCCUGCAAUACUACGAUGCCAUCCGGACAUACAGUGGAGGUGAGCUGACGGUGUCGGGUCCCACAGCCACAGCAGGCAUAUUCUCCACCUACCCAGCAGACUACCUCAGUGUAUGGGGAGGUGUCGUGGACCAGGUGAUUGGCACAGCUGCACUGCUGUUGUGUGUCCUGGCUCUUGGGGACCAGAGGAACAGCUCCCUCCCUGAUGGUCUUCAGCCUGUCCUGGUGGGAGGAGUGGUGCUGGUUAUUGGCAUCUCGAUGGGCUCAAACAGCGGCUACGCCCUCAACCCAGCCAGGGAUUUUGGCCCUCGGUUGUUCACGUUUGUCGCCGGUUGGGGAGAGGACGUUUUCAGGGCUGGGGGAGGCUGGUGGUGGAUACCUAUAGUGGCUCCCUGUGUUGGAGCACUACUGGGAACUCUGAUAUAUGAGCUGAUGAUUGAAGUCCACCACCCUCCAACUCCAUCUGAGCUCCAGACCUCAUGUCAGGAGGCCACUGAGGGCAAGACAGGACUGGAGCUGGAGGGGGUGGAGCCAGGCUGUGAAAAAGCCACUUAGUGGUAAAAUUAAGUUAAAGAGGAAUAAACUGCCAUGUAUUCAGUAAA